UUUCUUAAACCCUUCAAAACCCUCUCUGCGAAAAGAAACGCGGGGAGAGCUAGCUUGUUGUGUUGAUAUUAACCUGAAAACGCAGGGGCAAGCUUCGCUAGGGUUUCGAGUUUCUUAAUCUAACAGAAAAUGGCUGCUCCUUCUUUAAAGAAGAAAUCUCAGAAUAGGAAGAUGGAAGGUGGCUCAAAAUUUAAUAAGGAGUCGAAGAAGUCUUUCAAAUCUAAGAAGAAGGACUCAAACGACGUCGUUCCACCUGAAGCCUUAGCCUUGCAGCUGGAAGAUGAUGUUCCUGACUUUCCUAGAGGUGGAGGAAGCUCACUGAGUAAAAGAGAACGUGAGGAAAUCCGUGCAGAAGUUGAUGCAGAAUUCGAGGCUGAGGAGAGGGUUUUGAUGAAAAGGAAGAAGGGGAAGAAAUUGCAAAACAAGAGUCAUUCUGAGCCUGAUGAGUUGGGUUCGCUUUUUGGUGAUGGCUUAACUGGCAAUCUACCUCGAUUUGCGAAUAAGAUCACCUUGAAGAAUAUUUCUCCUGGAAUGAAGCUUUGGGGUGUUGUUGCUGAAGUAAAUGAGAAGGACCUUGUGAUUAGUCUACCUUGGGGCUUGCGUGGUUUAGUACGUUCCAUAGAUGCACUUGAUCCUGUUUUGGGUGAUGGAACUGAGGAUAUCGAAGGCAACCUUCCAAGCAUAUUCCAUGUUGGGCAGUUGGUUUCAUGCACUGUGUUGCAAUUGGAUGAUGAUAAGAAAGAUAAUGGGAAAAGAAAAAUCUGGCUUUCUUUGCACCUUUCAUUGUUGCACAAAGGCUUCUCAUUAGAUGCCAUUCAGGAAGGGAUGGUCCUAACUGCCUAUGUGAAGAGCAUUGAAGACCAUGGCUACAUUCUUCAUUUUGGAUUGCCUUCUUUUAUGGGGUUUUUGCCAAAGAAUAGCCAAGCUGAAAGCAGGCAUGCUGAAAUGAAAGCUGGGCAACUGCUGCAAGGAAUUGUUAGAAGCAUUGAUAAAACUCGUAAAGUUGUUUAUCUAAGUUCUGAACCAGAUGCCGUGUCAAAAUGUGUGAUGAAGGAUCUUAAGGGAAUUUCAAUUGAUCUUCUGAUUCCCGGCAUGAUGGUUAAUGCCCGCGUACAGUCAACCCUAGAAAAUGGGAUUAUGUUAUCAUUCCUUACCUAUUUUACUGGAACUGUUGAUGUGCUUCAUUUGCAAAAUGCUUUUCCUACUUCAAACUGGAAAGAUGAUUACAACAAUAAUAAGAAGGUCAAUGCUAGGAUAUUAUUUAUUGAUCCCUCAACUAGAGCAGUUGGCUUGACCCUGAAUCAACAUCUUGUUCAUAAUAAUACUCCUCUGAUGCAUGUUAAAGUUGGAGAUAUUUAUGACAGUGCAAAAGUAGUCAGGGUAGAUAAAGGCUUGGGUCUUCUGCUUGAAAUCCCAUCCACUCCAGUGUCAACACCAGCUUAUGUUAGUAUAUCUGAUGUGGCUGAAAAUGAAGUUGGCAAGCUUGAGAAAAAGUUUAAGGAAGGAAGUAAAAUUCGUGUUCGAAUUCUUGGAUAUAAGCAUUUGGAAGGUCUUGCUACCGGGAUUUUGAAGGCAAGUGCUUUUGAAGGCACUGUAUUCACCCACUCAGAUGUUAAGCCUGGGAUGAUAGUGCGGGCCAAAAUCUUAGCCGUGGACAGCUUUGGUGCCAUUGUGCAAUUUCCUGGUGGGGUGAAGGCACUCUGUCCUCUUCGCCAUAUGUCUGAAUUUGAAAUUGCAAAGCCUAGAAAAAAAUUUAAGGUUGGAGCUGAACUGGUGUUCCGGGUGCUUGGUUGCAAGUCCAAGAGAAUUACUGUAACUCACAAGAAAACUCUUGUCAAAUCAAAACUUGCAAUUCUUAGCUCAUACGUUGAUGUAACAGAUGGGCUAAUAACACAUGGCUGGAUAACAAAGAUUGAAAAGCAUGGCUGCUUUGUCCAUUUUUAUAAUGGAGUCCAGGGAUUUGCUCCCAGAUCAGAGCUUGGACUAGAACCAGGAGAUGAUGCAGGUUCUGUGUAUCAUGCUGGACAAGUUGUCAAAUGCAGAGUAUUGAGUUCUAUUCCUGCUUCACACAGGAUCAACCUUAGUUUCAUAAUGAAGCCUACAAGGGUAUCUGAAGAAGCUGUGAAGUUGGGUAGUGUUGUUGCAGGAGUUGUUGAGAAAGUAGCCCCUUUUGGUGUAGUAGUAUAUAUUAAUGCCAAAGGUUACAUGAAGGGUACAAUAUCGACCGAACAUUUGGCUGAUCACCAUGACCAAGCUUCUUUGUUGAAGUCAGUCUUGAAGCCUGGAUAUGAGUUUGAUCAGCUUCUGGUCCUAGAUAUCGAGAGCAACAAUUUGAUUCUUUCUGCGAAAUAUUCUCUUGUCAAGUCCGCUCAGCAUCUUCCUUCAGAUCUUAGUCAGAUUCAUCCUCAGUCAAUAGUCCAUGGGUACAUUUGUAACUUAAUUGAAACUGGCUGUUUUGUUCGAUUUCUUGGUCGCUUGACUGGUUUCUCCCCUCGAAGCAAGGCAAUGGAUGACCAAAGAGCUCAGCUUGCAGAAGCCUUUUAUCUUGGACAAUCCAUUCGUAGCAACAUAAUUGAUGUAAAUAGUGAAAAAAAUAGAAUAACAGUGUCUCUGAAGCAAUCAGGCUGUUCAUCUACAGAUGCAUCCUUUCUUCAAGGAUAUUUUCAACUAGAGGAGAAGAUUGCUGAGCUACAAUAUUCAGACUCCAAAGGGCCUGAUUUAAAGUGGGUUGAAGGAUUUAAAAUUGGCAGUGUCAUUGAGACAAAAGUUCAGGAGUCUAAGGAAGUUGGAAUUGUCGUCAGCUUUGAUAACUAUAAUGAUGUCCUUGGUUUUAUUACACUUUAUCAAUUAGGCGGAACAAAAGUGGAAAUAGGCUCUACUGUUCAAGCCGCGGUUCUUGAUGUUGCCAAGACUGAACACCUUGUUGAUUUAUCUCUAAAGCCAGAGUUUCUUGAUAAAUCGAGGGUUAAGAGUUCUAACAGCCAGACUAACAAAAAGAAACGGAAAAGAGAAGUGUCUAAGAGCUUGGAGGUACACCAGACAGUAAAUGCUGUUGUGGAGAUUGUGAAAGAAAACUACUUGGUUCUUUCAAUUCCUGAGCAUAACUAUGCUAUAGGAUAUGCAUCGGUAUCAGACUACAACAUACAGAAGCUCCCACAGAAACAAUUUUUUAAUGGACAGAGUGUGAUUGCAACUGUUAUGGCACUCCCAAGCCCUUCAACUGCAGGGAGGUUGCUUUUGCUUCUGAAAUCAAUUAGUGACCCAACUGAGACAUCCAGUUCAAAGAAGGCAAAAAAGAAGUCUAGCUAUAAUGUGGGAUCCCUCGUUCAAGCAGAGAUUACUGAAAAAAAGCCUCUUGAAAUGAGAUUGAAAUUUGGUAUUGGUUUCCGUGGGAGGAUUCAUAUAACUGAGGUCAAUGAUGAUUCUAUUUUGGAUGAUCCAUUUGCUAACUUCAGAAUCGGUCAAACAGUUACUGCAAGGAUUGUUGCUAAAGCUAGUAAAGGAGAUAAUAAAAAAAUGAAGCUCUGGGAGCUAUCUAUUAAACCAAAAAUUCUUACAGAUUUCUGUGAGUCGGGCGAUAAAAUGUCCAAGUGUGAAUUUUCAUCUGGACAAUGUGUCGCUGGUUAUGUGUAUAAAGUGGACGAUGAAUGGGCCUGGUUAACUAUAUCUCGACAUGUAAAUGCACAGCUUUUUGUACUUGACAGUGCACAUGAACCGAGUGAACUUCAAGAAUUCCAGAAACGGUUUUUUGUGGGAAAAGCUGUUAGAGGCCAUGUUCUAAGUCACAAAAAAGAUAAUACAUUGUUACGUCUGGUGCUGCAUCCACUAUGUGCUUUAUCUAGUAGACAUGUUGAUGGCAAAGUUCUAAACAUGGAUGAUGCACAAAAUGGUGUUCAACAUUUCAAUGUUACUUCUCAUAUUCAAGAAGGAGAUAUUGUAGGUGGCAGAAUUUCCAAAAUACUUCCCAAUGUUGGUGGAUUACUUGUGCAGAUUGGUCCCCACUUACAUGGUAGAGUUCAUUUUACUGAACUUCAGGACACAUGGGUGCCUGACCCAUUGUCUGGAUAUCAUGAAGGCAAAUUUGUCAAAUGCAAGGUCUUGGAGAUCAGUCAAUCUGUCAGGGGCACUGUUCACAUUGAUCUGUCACUAUGUUUCUCUUUAGAUGGCAUGCUUAGUCAGAAUUCGGCUGAGCUCUCAAAGAAUGCGGAUGCUCUAACAAAGCGUGUGGAAAAGAUUGAGGAUCUUCACCCUGAUACAGUUGUACAGGGUUAUGUUAAGAAUGUGACAUCAAAAGGGUGUUUCAUUAUGCUUUCAAGGAAGAUUGAUGCCAAAAUUCUCAUCUCAAACUUAUCGGAUGAGUAUAUUGACAAUCCUGAAAAAGAAUUCCCUAUAGGGAAACUUGUAAUUGGCAGGGUAUUAUCUGUGGAGCCUUUGUCCAAGCGAGUUGAAGUUACCUUGAAGAAAUUGAGUGCAAGCAGUGCCGCAGAAUCUGAAACUAAUAAUUUGAGUUCUCUACAUGUUGGAGACAUAAUUUCCGGCCGGAUUAAACGGGUGGAAUCAUAUGGUCUGUUUAUCACAAUUGACCACACAAACUUGGUUGGAUUAUGUCAUGUGUCAGAGCUUCCAGAUGGUUGUGUUGACAAUAUUGAAACUAAAUAUGGAGUGGGGGAGAUGGUUACUGCAAGGAUUUUGAAGGUGGAUGAGGAAAGACGUCGAAUCUCUCUUGGCAUGAAAAAUUUGGAUCUUGGAAAUGAUAUUAACAUUCUGCAUUUAAAAGCAGAAUCUGAUGAUACCAUUAGUGAAAAUGGUACUAUUGAUGACAGUGGUUCUAAACCACAUGCGAGCAGUUCAGUUGGGAUCCAAGAUAUGGAUAUUGAAUCUGAAAAUGAAGAAUGUCCAGUUCUUGCACAAGCAGAAUCAAGGGCUUACAUUCCUCCACUUGAUGUCACCCUUGAUGACAUGGAGCACUCUGAUGUGGAUGAUGUGAUUGACAAAAAUAAAGAACAUACUGGUGAGGCAAAGAUCGUAGGUGAGAAGAAGAGAAGGGAAAAGAAGGCAAAGGAAGAGAGGGAGCAAGAAAUUAGAGCUGCUGAAGAAAGACUGCUGGAAAAGGAUAUACCAAGAACUGCUGAUGAAUUUGAGAAACUGGUUCGAAGUUCUCCUAAUAGCAGUUUUGUUUGGAUAAAAUACAUGGCUUUCAUGCUUAAUUUGGCUGAUGUUGAGAAAGCUCGCUUGAUUGCCGAAAGGGCUCUGAGAACAAUAAAUAUUCGUGAAGAAAAUGAGAAGCUAAACAUCUGGGUUGCCUACUUCAAUUUGGAAAAUGAAUAUGGAAAUCCUCCAGAGGAAGCUGUUAAAAAAGUAUUUCAAAGAGCUCUGCAGUAUUGUGACCCUAAGAAAGUACAUCUAGCACUUUUGGGAGUAUAUGAAAGGACUGAGCAGCAUAGUUUGGCUGAUGAGCUUCUUGAAAGAAUGGUCAAGAAGUUCAAGCACUCAUGCAAGAUUUGGCUGAGACGGGUACAGAGACUUUUGAAGCAAGAGCAAGAUGGGGUUCAGUCUGUUAUUCAGCGUGCCCUGUUAUGCCUUCCCCGUCAUAGGCAUAUCAAAUUCAUCUCACAAUCAGCUAUCCUUGAAUUCAAAUGCGGGGUUCCUGAUAGAGGGCGAUCCAUGUUUGAAGGAAUUUUGCGGGAGUACCCAAAGAGAACAGAUUUGUGGAGUGUUUAUCUUGAUCAGGAGAUUAGACUCGGAGAUGUGGAUGUAACUCGCUCUCUAUUUGAGAGGGCCAUUAGUCUGAGCCUCCCACCUAAAAAGAUGAAGUUCUUAUUCAAGAAAUAUCUCGAGUAUGAGAAGUCUCUUGGUGAUGAGGAACAAAUCGACUCUGUGAGACAAAAGGCAAUGGAAUAUGUUGAGAACACUCUGGCUUGAUAUUGGUCCUAAGUUUCCAGUUUCAACUUGCAACAAAAUGGGAAUCAGUUAAUUGGCCUUGUACAGUCCAAAGAUAUCAGUGAAUUUAUUCCAUGUUCUUUCACAAGCAAAAUGAAAGAAAGGCUGCGUAAAUUAUGUCAAGCUAAUUGAGCAUAACAUUGAGGUGUGGCUAACUUAGAGGCCAUUGCAUUGAUAUGAAGUUUCAGAAAUUGCCCGAGUGCUAAUUGGCAGUAUGGAUAAUGUUAGAAGAAAUGGAUGCAAAUGGACAUUAAUGUCAAGAACUCAAGAUAUGUUGUGAACUGAGCCCUAAUUUUGAUCCCAAGGGCUUUUCUUGUACUAUUUAGAAAAUUAAUGAUGUAAAAAUGAAGGGGAAUGGCCAUCCAAAUGUAUCAAUUUUCUUGUUUUUGCCUGCUUUUUUUCCUA